AUGGACGUCGGGUAUGGAAUCUGCGGCCACAAGAACUCGUUCUCUACUGGAGUGAAGCUUGGCAACUAUGUGGAGGACCGGAUCGGUGCCGAGUUGGCUCGGAACAGCUCGUCCAAGGUGGUAAAUAAACACUCGGAGUACUCUGCGAGUUUUAUUCAACCACGAGAGAUGCCGGACAAAUGUGCCCUAGCGCCAGCAGAGAAUCUAGUGGAACGGAACAUGAUCCGUCAGGGCCUUUCGUAUGACCUCAUCUUUGAGCACGGGAGACCUCACAUUCCUACUGCUGCGGAACAAGCUUCCAACAAUGAAUCCGACAGACGUAGACAGCAAGAGAUGAAGAGAUCGAGAGAGGCGCGUGAACAGCGUAACGUCUACUUAUCCACCUCUCAAGCCAUCGUCCCAGUACACGGAGGUACCAGACGCUAG